CGGUGCUGAGCACGGGCCGAGCCUGUUGGGAAGGGCGCUGAGCCGCCGGGCUGCGGGCUCACGGGGCAGGGUUUGCGCGGGGCGGCCGGCACCGCCCGGAGCCGUCCGGGGAAAGGCCGAGGCGCUGCCCUGCCCCAGCGGCGGAGCGUUAGGCCGCGGGAGGGUCCUCGUGUUUCGUCUGGCUGCGGCGACAGCUGGAAGAAAAUCGGGAGAAAAGGCCUCGUUAAUUACCGACAUCUGUAGCCCGAUGUUCUGUGGAACAUGAACAUGGCUGAGGUAGAAGAAACGCUGAAGCGAAUUCAGAGCCAGAAAGGAGUGCAAGGAAUCAUUGUUGUUAAUUCUGAAGGUAUUCCUAUCAAGAGUACUAUGGACAACACCACAACCAUUCAGUACGCGGGCCUAAUGCACAGCUUCAUCAUGAAGGCAAGGAGCACUGUGCGAGACAUUGAUCCCCAAAACGACCUCACGUUCCUGCGGAUCCGCUCCAAGAAAAAUGAAAUCAUGGUUGCUCCAGAUAAAGACUACUUCUUGAUUGUCAUCCAGAAUCCAACCGAAUGAUUACACUUGAUCUGCUUUUUUCCCUUUGCCUGACAUUUUUCUUUAAUUUAAUGCUAAAGAGUAGAGCACUAGUGUUAUCUCUGCUGUGCAACUUCUGUGAUGUUCUGGAAGAACAAAAGCAGAUGUUCUUGUUGUCUGUAUGUUUUUUACAUACAGAAGUGGCUUCUUUUGGUAUCGCUCAUCAUUUUGAAAAGGAGUUGGUGAAUUAGAAUCUGGUAACCUUGGCAGUAAAAAAAAAAAAUAAUAAUCUGUUGUAUUUUUAUUUUAAUAGUUGACAAGAUAACAAAAAAUCCUAGUAAUGUUGUGAAUGGUUAUUCUCUGUACAUUUCUGUGCUCCUGUCACCACUAUUUGAGUUAAGCUCUUACACUAUUACUUUUGAAUGACUGUAAAUAUGAAACCUUCCUGUCCUGUUAUUCUCUCUUAUUCCGCUGGUUUUAUAAGUUACUUUGAAAAAGUCUGGUCACGUUAAAUUAAAAAAAGUGUCAUCAGUGA